AUGUCCGACUCCAAUUCGCCUCCGCGGCGACGCGCUCGAGAUUCCCGAUCUCCUGGGGACGCCCCACGUCGUCCGUACAGAGACCAAGCUCGUUCGGAUAGAGAUGGUCGCCGGGAAGAGAAGAGGAAACACGAAAGGUCAAGAAGUCGCGAGCGACCACGAAAGAGGUCGAGGAGCGUAGAUGAUAGGGAUCGCAGGAGAGAUCGAAGCAGAGACAGGCGCCACGGCCGGCGUCGGUCAAAGUCUCGGUCCCCUCGUCGAAGACGUUCACCUGAGCCUUUCCAACGAUCCAAAGGUCCUCUCCCGUCGCAGGUCGACGCCUUCAAAACCACCAACAAUGACAGUCCGUCUCCAGGCCCUGAAAAGCAAAAGCCAAACUUUCGCCCGUCGGGUCUCCUUGCUGCAGCUGCCAACACUGUCGCGACGUCUACUGGCGCGAUUGUUUUGAAGUAUCAUGAACCGCCGGAGGCAAGGAAGCCGCCCUCGUCACAAAUAUGGAGGCUGUAUGUUUUCAAAGGGGAAGACAUACUCGACACCCUAGAACUGUACACACAAUCCUGCUGGCUUUUUGGUAGAGAAGUUUCAGUGUGCGAUUAUGCGCUCGAACAUCCAAGCUGCUCAAAACAACAUGCCGUCAUCCAAUUCCGCUAUAUCGAGCGCAGGAGCGAGUUUGGGGACAAGAUUGGAAAAGUGAAGCCGUAUGUAAUCGAUCUAGAGAGUGCGAACGGGACAAAAGUCAACGACGAGGCGAUACCUGAAGGAAGAUAUGUGGAGUUGAGGGACAAAGAUGUCAUCAAAUUCGGCCACUCAACACGAGAGUACGUAGUCCAGUUACCUCCCAGGUGA